ACCUAACCAAUACAUGUAUCCACCCUCUACCUACUCCAUCUAAUUGAGCACGCACGCCCCUCUCUUCUUCCAUAUUUAACUUAUAAAAUCAAACUUUUCACCUUCACACUUCAGAAAUACACACAACACGCAGAUGAAGAUAAUGGGGUUACUAUUCAUCCUCGUCCUCUUAGCUUCCUCAACCAACUUCAUCGCCUACUCUCAGACCAUCGUCGAAACCUUACCUGGAUUCCCUGGUCCUCUUCCAUUCAAACUCGAAACUGGGUACAUUGGAGUCGGAGAAGAUGAAGCUGUGCAGCUGUUUUACUACUUUGUGGAGUCGGAAGGGAACCCUGAGGAGGAUCCACUCAUUAUCUGGCUUGCCGGUGGACCUGGCUGUGGCACCCUCCGUGCUUUCUUUUUUGAAAUCGGUCCCAUGCAAAUUCAGUAUGGAAAUUAUAUGGAUAAUGUCCCAGCGCUACAAUUAGACCCGAAUUCAUGGUCAAAGGUGGCGAACGUGAUAUAUUUGGAUGCACCAACAAUAACAGGAUAUUCAUAUACUAAAACUCCAGAAGCCGUUCGUUCUAGUGAUACAGCAUCAGCAUCACAAACCGCUGAAUUUAUAAGAAAGUUUGUCAAGACUCAUCCCAAGUUUUUAAAAAAUCCCAUGUAUGUUACUGGAAUAUCUUAUUCGGGGAUUGUUAUUCCAAUAAUUACCGAGGAGUUAUAUAAAGGUAAUGAUGAAGGACUAGAGCCCAUUGUGAACAUUCAAGGAUACAUGGGUGGAAACCCAUUGACAAACAAAACCGGUGAUAUAAAUUCUAGACUUGAAUAUGCUUAUCGUAUGGCACUUAUAUCUGAAGAAUUAUAUGAGUCUACCAAAAAGGAUUGCAAUGGAGAUUAUGCAGAAGCUGACUCUAACAAUUUGCAAUGCAUGUUGGAUAUCAAUGAAGUCAAUAAACGUGUGGGAGACAUCAAUAUUCAACAAAUUUUGGAUCCCGAUUGUGAUGCCGUAACCAAUUUGGUCCGAGGUGGAAACCCAGUCACAAAGGAAAAUAGAAGACUUCUAAGGGGCAAUCCUGUAAAUUUGCGUCCGGCACAAUCCAUGCUCACGGAUACCUUUUGUCGAGGUGACAAUUAUAACUAUGCAACCCUUUGGGCCAAUGAUGAAAAUGUUAUGAAAGCACUCAACGUACGCGAGGGAACGGUGGAUGAAUGGUUGUUAUGUAAUUUGGACAUGAAAUAUAACUAUGGAAAACCCUCAAUGCCAUUGUAUGAGUUCAAUGUCCAGAAUAGUGUUGUCUAUCACGAAAAGCUAAGUAAAAGAAACUGUCGAGCUUUGAUUUUCAGUGGAGAUCAUGACAUGAUGGUUCCACAUGUUGGGACACGUAACUGGAUAAAUUCUCUUAAUUUAACAAUUACAGAUAGUAAUUGGGAUGCAUGGUAUGUUAAUGGUCAAGAUGCAGGAUACAAAACCACGUAUGCUCGUGAUAACUAUACUUUAGUAUUUGCAACUGUAAAGGGAGCAGGACACACAGCUCCAGAAUUUAAGCCUAAAGAAUGCUUUGAGAUGGUUAAGAGAUGGUUUGCUUACAGACCCAUAUAAUAAUCUAAAUCAUAGUUUAGUUAUGCUUCUUCUGAUCAUUGUAAUCAUUUUUCUUUUCAAUGAGGGAGGAGCUUGUGUUUUUAGAGGGGUAUUUUCGUUGUGGUUAGGAAAAGGUUAAGGGGGUUUGGGUAAGGGAUUAAGAAUCGAUAUUUAUUGUAGGU